UCACAUUCUGCAGCGCGUCGCGCCAGUAGACGUCGUUGGCAUUGCCCUGAGCGGCAGCAGUGACGGGUUGUUCUUGUAGUAUCUCUCGAGAAUGCCCUUGGGCUCGCCCUCGAGACACAGAUUCAACGCAUUGAGUUUGUCUCUGGCGUUCAGGCCAAGGGCCUGCUGGUCGAGAUUCUCCAUGGUGCGAGCGAAUCGCGUGAGAAAGUGUUCGGCCGGGUGGCCUUCCUUCUCGCCAUUGUAUUUGCCAACAUGCUGCUGGACAAUCCGCUGCUGGUUGACGAGGUUCGUAUAAUUCGCCGCCAUGUCGGCGUCAACGACCUCAGCUACUUCUGCGUAGAUGUUACCAGCGGCAACGAGGGGGUGAUCGACUGGUGGAGGAACAGGGUCUUCUCCUUCCUGCGCAGCGUGUGCGACGGGUGCGACAGGUGGUAGAGGGGCCGCUGCUUGGCCAGGACCGUCAGCUGCGGCAGCAGCACCACCGACAACCGGUGCGUUUGGUUGAGGAGCUGGAGCAGCAAAAUUCGCAGGAGCAACUGCAGCCUGUCCCGUGUUGAUGUCAUGCCAACGAUUGAACCCAGCAGACCACUGGACUUGCUGGCCAAACUGGUUGACGAAGACACCAGGCGGAGGUGCCUGUUGCAU